AUGGUGGGGAUUAAAGACCAAGAGUUCUUCUAUUCAUCCUUUCCAAGAGUACAUAACUGGGGAGAAGACUAUCUCUCCCAGUUUCAAGGCUUUUGGUUCCUUCCAAGUUUUAUCCAUGGCUCUAAACCAGUCGUCGACCUCUUCCAACCGCUCUCUACCGAUGUCAUCCUGGCUUCUUCUCCUAAAAUGGGCACCACCUGGCUCAAAUCUCUCCUCUACUCCAUCGUCAAUCGCCCCUCUAAAAGCCAGUUGCUAACCACCAGCCACCCCCAUGAGAUUGUGCCAUCGCUUGAGUUACAAGUCUACGGAGAACCGCUUUCUGAUUCUUCCCCUCCACGUUUUCCUUCUAACACCGCGUCGUCAACUAGGCUUCUGAGCACCCAUUUACCGAUACCGAUACCGGUUAAAGCUGAUUUUUUAUAG